AUGCCUGCAGAUUACAAUGGGACAUGGGAAAUGGAAACCAAUGACAACUUUGAAGGCUACAUGGUUGCUUUAGGUAUUGAUUUUGCCACUCGUAAGAUUGCAAAACACUUGAAACAAACAAAGGAGAUUGUUCAAGAUGGAGAUAAUUUUAAAACAAAAACAAUCAGUACUUUAAGAAACUAUGAACUGAAUUUCACCGUGGGAGUGGAGUUCGAGGAACACACCAAAGGGCUGGAUAACCGAAUUGUAAAGAGUCUAGUGACCUGGGAUGGUGACAAACUGAUAUGUGUUCAGAAAGGUGAAAAGAAUAACAGAGGCUGGAAACACUGGAUUGAAGGAGACCUACUGCAUCUGGAACUGACAUGUGAAGACCAGGUGUGCCAUCAGGUAUUUAAGAAGAAAAUGUAA